AUGCACGCCGCUAAAAGCACGUGUGCGAUUAAGAAGGAAAGCAUUGCAAAAGCCAAACAGGAGGAGAAGAUAUCAAAGGAGUUUGCAGCGAUGGAGGCGGCAGCACUUAAAGCAAAUGAGGAAGAUCUGAAGAGCAUGAACACUCAGUCAGGUGAGAGUUUAACUGCGACUGAAGCUCCGGUUAAUCCACAAACUAAAGGACAACAUCAAGCACAAAGACGAGAACUGAAAGUGCACAAAGAGACUUCGAGCAGCAGCUGCAAUAAUGAGAAUAAUCCGGUGGAUGUUUGGAUGGAGGGAACCACAGAUGACGGACACAUUUACUAUUACAACACCAUCACAGGAGAGUGUCUGUGGGAGAAACCAGACGGCCUUCAGAGUCAGAACACACCAUCAUCAUCAUCAUCAUCAUCAGCAGCAGCAGCAGCAGGACAAACUCAGGAAUCUUCAGUCACUUCAUGGAUGGAGGCUGUGAGUCCUGAAGGAUUCAUGUAUUACUACAACACUGAGACCGGCGAAUCCAGCUGGGAGAAACCAGAGAACUUCAGUCCUUCAGAUGGAUCUCCUCAUGAGGUUUCAGGAGCAGCGGAGGAGCCCGAGUCUCUUUCUGCAGGAGAAAUCUCCUCUGAUGCUCCGAAAGACACGACAGAACCAGAACCAGCAGAAACCAAACACACCGACAUCCCAAAGACCGGUUUGAGGGUGAGACACUCUCGAGGCAUCUCAUAUGUAAAGAUGCAGUACAAGGGGGUUCUGGGUAUCUGAGCGAGUGUUGACGCUGACUAUCACACCUGGAGUCGUGAGUUUGAAUCCAGGGUGUGCUGAGUGACUCCAGUCAGGUCUCCUUAGCAACCAAAUUGGCCCGGUUGCUAGGGAGGGUAGAGUCACAUGGGGUAACCAAAUUGGCCUGGUUGCUAGGGAGGGUAGAGUCACAUGGGGUAACCAAAUUGGCCUGGUUGCUAGGGAGGGUAGAGUCACAUGGGGUAACCAAAUUGGCCUGGUUGCUAGGGAGGGUAGAGUCACAUGGGGUAACCAAAUUGGCCUGGUUGCUAGGGAGGGUAGAGUCACAUGGGGUAACCAAAUUGGCCUGGUUGCUAGGGAGGGUAGAGUCACAUGGGGUAACCAAAUUGGCCCAGUUGCU